CGAAGAUGUCCGCAAUCACGCGGCUAGCAACAUUGAUGAAGCAGAACUUGUGGGCUUUUCCAAGCCUAAGGAGGAGUUGAUAAACCUGAUGGAUGUCAACACUGAAGAUGGUUCUCCCAAGGUAAUAUGUGUUGUCGGCAUGGGUGGUUUAGGAAAGACUACUCUUGCAAGGAAGACAUAUGAAAGUAAGGAAGAUAUUGAGCAAAAAUUUUCUUCUGUUGCUUGGAUCACAGUAUCACAUUCAAUUUUCAAUAUAGAGGUGCUCAAGGAUAUGAUCAGGCAGCUUUUGGGACCCGAGUCACUAAAGAAAUGCUUGAAAGAACUUAAAGGGAAGGCAGUGCAAGUGGGCGACCUCUCCAAGUACCUCAUGGAAGGGCUCAAGGAUAAAAGGUAUUUUAUUGUUUUUGAUGACUUGUGGACCAUAGAUAUGUGGAGGUGGAUCCAAGAAUUUGCUGUUGCUAGCAAUAAUAGGAAAGGCAGUCGCAUAGUAGUAACAACACGAGAUGUGGGCUUAGCUAAGGAGUGUUCUGGUGACUCGCAUAUCUACCAACUCAAACCUCUACAACCAGUUGAUGCAGCAAAUUUGUUACUAAGAAAGAGUAGGAAAAGGCAGGAAGACAUGGAGAGAGAUGGGAACAUAGUUGAAAAAUUAGUUAAAAAGUGUGGUGGUUUACCAUUGGCUAUACUCAUGGUAGGUGGCGUCCUUGCCACAAAAAAGGUAGCUGAGUGGAGACAAUUUUAUGAUCAUCUCCCUUCAGAGCUUGAGACUAACCCAAGCCUUGAAGCAAUGAGGAGGAUGAUUAUUCUGAGCUACAACCACCUACCAUCUCAUCUAAAGUCGUGCUUUUUGUACCUAAGCAUCUUUCCUGAGGAUUUUGAAAUUAAGAGAAGGCAUCUAGUAAAUAGAUGGAUAGCUAAGGGGUUCAUCAAAGCUAGGGGUAGGGUAAACAUCGAGGAUGUUGGAAAAAGUUAUUUCAUUGAACUAAUCAACCGAAGCAUGAUUAUACCAUCAAGAGUGAAUGUGGAAGGAACCGUUAAGAGCUGUCGAGUCCAUGAUAUCAUGCGUGAUGUCAUGGUUUCAAUUGCUAGAGAUGAAAAUUUUGUGUACUUGACCGCGGAUGAUAAUGUAACUAGUGUGACAGAGGAGAAUUUUCGUCAUGUAUCAUACCAUGGUAGAAAGUUCCUAAAGGAAUGCAUAGAUUGGAGGCAUUUCCGG